AGCACUGGGUACAGUCAGCAGCAUGGGAGGGUGAGAGAUUUCACCAGAGCCAGAGGGGAGAGCAGAACAGGCAGACUGACUAAAUACACUGCUGAGGGGAGCAGCGGGCGGCAGGAGAGGUCUGCAUGCCAUGUGGGACCCUCGCCCUGCGGCUGGGGAUCAAACCAGCGCUGCAGAGACUGCAGGCAGCUUCACAGCCCAGCGCUCAACCGCUGUGCCACCAAGGGAGACCCGGAAAUCUGAUUUUAGAUGAAAGUUUUGCAGAACUUGACCUUCAUAAAACCCUAUUUGGAUAGCAUUCCUGGGAGUGGCUUGUGUAUUGAAGGGUGUUGUUCCACAGAUUCUAUUUCACUUGUUAGAAGAGGGUUAAGCAAGGAGUGUAGCCAUGCAGAAAAUUCCUGCUGAGAUGAGGCAGAUAUCUGAAAUGUUUUUGACUUUUUUAUUUGUUCUUUCAAUAGAGGAGCUAAUGAAUAUUAAUAAUAUCGUGAUUAUUUUUAGAUUUUAGGCCGGUAUGACCAAAUGUUAGAGUCUUCCUUAUCCUGCUAUGUUUGUCACCAGUAAAAAUUUUAAAGUAGUUUUCUGACGCUGUUGCACUUACAACUAAGUAACUGCCUUUAAGAUAUUUUUUAUCUUAACAAAAACUCUUUUGUACCUCAAAAUCCUUCUGCUUCCCCACGGUCAGUCUUUGAGUUGGCUAUCAGAACUGAAUCGAACUAAAGUUUUUAUUUCAUUUAACUUUUCCCUUCCAAGCUAUCUUUUUUAGUUCUAUGCUUAGGUUAACCUCAACUUUAGAUUGACUGAUGAACCUGUGACUCAAAUCCAAAUUUCAGCUCAGUUUAGUGUCAGCUUAAAACCACAUUAAAAUAAAAAAAAAAAAAAAAAAAAAAAAAAAACACAUUAAACUGCUGUGUGCCACUUGACCUCAAGCAGAGCCCCAAGUGGUGAGGGUGUUUUUCAGCAGAACUUCUUAUUGAGAUUUUUGAAACGUGAACACAUUGUCUAAUACAUGUAUUACACUACUCAUGUACAGUUGUCAAGGUCAGCCGUGGCUGUGAGGUUGUCACUGACAUUUACACAUUGGAAUAAUAUGUUAAUUAGACUACUAACUCGGAAUGCACUUCCUGGUUUUCAGUUCACCAGUUGAUGUGUUAUCUCUAAGGACCAGGGAGUCAGCUCGCAGCCACACUUACAUGGAAGAUUCUUGGCUGUGCAGCAGAUAAGAAGCGAAGGCAGUAUGUUUGUGCUAUUCUAUAAUAGAAAUACACACGUAAUGACCCGAUGUUAUUUUCUUAGGGUGCAUCCUUUGUUUUUCUGGUUUCGGUCUUUUCGUCAUAGGAUGGCAUUAGCUCUGUGUCUGCAGGUGCUGUGCAGCCUGGGGGGCUGGCUCUCGCUCUACAGUUCUUUCUGCUGCCUGAAUAAGCACCGAAGCUAUGAGUGGAGCUGCCGGCUGGUUACCUUCACCCAUGGAGUCCUCUCUAUAGGCCUCUCCGCUUAUAUUGGCUUCAUUGAUGGCCCUUGGCCUUUUACCCACCCAGGCUCACCCAAUACACCUCUCCAAGUGCACGUUUUAUGUCUCACCUUGGGCUACUUCAUCUUCGACUUGAGCUGGUGCAUCUACUUCCAGUCCGAGGGUGCCCUGAUGCUGGCUCACCACACACUGAGCAUCCUGGGCAUCAUCAUGGCCCUGGUGCUGGGUGAGUCAGGCACAGAGGUCAAUGCGGUCCUUUUUGGAAGUGAGAUUACCAACCCCUUGCUACAGAUGCGCUGGUUUCUCCGUGAAACAGGGCGCUACCACAGUUUCACUGGAGACGUGGUGGACUUCCUCUUUGUAGCCCUGUUCACCGGAGUGAGGAUUGGCGUGGGAGCCCGCCUCCUCUUCUGUGAAAUGGUCUCACCUAAGCCCAAGUGGUUUGUGAAGGUUGGGGGAAUAGCAAUGUAUGCCGUGUCUUGGUGUUUCAUGGUUAGCAUCUGGCGCUUUGCAUGGAAGAAAAGCAUCAAGAAGUACCAUGCCUGGAGAAGCAGGUGGAGCGAGGAGCGGCAGCUAACACAUAAUGGACAUCUCAAGACGCACUAGACAAGGGUUGCGCCAGAUAAUGGAUUGGGUUAAGUCAGCCAUGGAAACCAGACUGGGAAUACAGCUGUUAAGGAAUCACCCUUGUAACAAACUUAGGUAUCAAAAAAAGGGGGGCUGGUUUAAUGUAUUGAUAAGUUUGGUCAGCCUUGGAGCAGAGCAUGUGCCGGUAUUAAAUUGCUAACGUCUCCAGGGCACAGAUACAGAAAGUAAGACUACUCAGUGGUGGCUGUGAAUAAGAGCUGUGAGGUGAGCACUCCUGCAUUCCUGUUAGUGUGUGGUGUUUCUGGGCUCUCUUGUCCUGGGAGGCUCGAUGUUCAGGCAGCUUAAAAAGGGACUUGAGAAAGAUGAGCACUAUUUCUUCCUUGUUCCCUUGAGAAAUGAUGCCUUCAGUAGAUUCUGCUCUUCAUGGGACAGUUUAAACAAAUUCAUCCCAUUUACUAUAAAAAAAAGGAGCUUCCAGGAAAAUAGAUCUCUUUGGCAUUCUGAGCAUUUGCUCAGGGAUUUGGAUCUGCUUAAACCAAGGGGGGGAUAAAGGGAUGAGAGAAGGAUAGGGGUAAAACUGUGUCAUUGGUGGGGCCCCCCAAUGCCAACUGUCAGGGGUCUCCCGGACUCUGAUUUAUUACAGCGGAAGGAUACAAAGAAAUAUCAAAGGGAAAAGGCACCUGGGGCAGAGUCCAGGGGAAACCAGGCCUGAGUUUUUUGAAUCCUCUCCCAGUGAGAUCACACAGUGUGUGCUUCAUCCCUCUAGCAAUGAUUUGUGACAACAUGUGUGAAAUGUGGUCGACCAAGAAUGCUCAUUAGAGACCCAAGGUUUUUAUCGGGGGCUGGUCCUGUAGGCAGCCUCUGGCUGGCACAUAGUAAAAUUCCUGACUCCCAGAAGGAAAGUGGGUGUUCAGCAUAAACCACAUUGUUUGCACAAACAAUUUAGGCUCAGCAGACUGGUCAUCAAUCAGCUAAUGUGGGGAGCCCUCCCAAAAUCUAAGUUUCCAGAUGCCACCAAGAGCCGACCUUCCAAGCAGCCCUUUCCGAGGAUAGCAGUUCAGGCCUGCUAUGUUAAUUCUUUUCUGCACAAAAACCAUCAGUCUAGGGUGCAAGAUGAAUGAGGUGUGGGCAGAGUUACUGAGUCCUGUUUGGGUUCUGCCCCACCAGGAAAACGAUGCCAGUUCUCAGGGCUUUUGUGCAUUAAUCUCCUAGGCAUGAGAGGCUGUGACUAAAUUCCAUAGGGAUUUACCAUGUGGAUUCCACUGUGCUUGAGAUGGCAGUUCAGGUUUCAGUUCUACUAUACAUUCUGCAAACUAGCACCAAAGACUACGGCGAGUUCUGGCCUCAGGGUGACAAGGCUAAUUUUUUUCUUUUCCAUUUUAGACACACUUCUUUUAAGUCCUCUUACUAUUUUUUCUUUUUCUCUGAAAAAGAUCUCACUCACUAUGGACAAGGUAGUAGGACAAGACUGGUCAUGGAAGGAAAAAAAUAUUUCUUAGUAUGAUAGUCUCUAAAUCUCACUUACGAAGAGCAAGAAUGUUAAACCAAGGGGUUAAGAAUCAAGAAUUCCUGGGUUCUUUUCACUGGCUUUGCUACUCACUUGCCAGACCCUUUGGGCAAGUCCCUUGUUUACUCUUUGCCUCAGUUUCAACCCUGUUGUGAAUGAAUGAAAUAUGCCAUAUUUCAGAAAGAGAUUAUAUGGCAUUUGAUGUAUGGGUUUUUUUUCAUGUGGGGCUUUGAUGAAAAAAAAAUAACACAAAGUAUUAUACAUUUACAUAUUUGUUAGUGUUGGUUUGGUGAUGUCAGCCCAGUGGUGACUGAUUAGCUCAGUGGGUGGGCAAGUGUGUGGGGCCAUCGAAGUCAAGUCUGAAGGUCAGUAGGAAGUGUCAGCCCAUUCUCUGGUCACUGGUAAUACUAACCUAAUGAGUGGUCUUUGGCCAGACAUGAGGGAGUGGUUGCAACCGCAGAAAUUCAGAAUUGCUGUGGGAAAAGCAGUUUUACAGGCAUUUUAACAGUAGAUCUUUUCAAAGGACUGACAUUUGGUUAAAGAGUUUUGCUGGACAUGGAAAUAGUCUGACAGCAUCAGCUCCAUCUCUUGUCUCCCUAUGAUCAGUGUCCCUAAAAGGCUGGUUAGCUUCUUUCCAACAAAACUGUGGUCAAAGUAGGAUGCUGAGGAAUGCUGAUUUUAGCAAAAGCCUAGUGAAAAAGAGUAGCUUGGCACAGGAGCUAAAAAAGAGCAAAAGAAAAAGCUGGCUCUCGGAUUUUGGCACAGUGCAACCUGUUCCAUACCAGACAAAUGAAUAGGCUUCAUCUGGUACCAAUUCUUUGCUCCUUAUUCCUUAGAAGAGAAGGGACUGCAGAUCUUGCUGUUUGGGGGUCCUCUCCUGAGAAAGCACAUAGGUUCUUUUAAUUUUAAGAAAACUGAACCAUGAUAAGGGAAAGAGAAUCCCUUCUUUCAGCUUUUCUUGAUGUAUCUAAUAUGAAGGAAUCUCUCAGAGAGAAAAAUGUGAAAUGAAGAUGACUCAGCAGUUAAGAUGCUGACUUUUUACAUCACAGGUAAAUGAAGGGCUAAUUCAUAUGUGAUAGGAUAAGACAAAAUGAAGUACUCAUUUGCAUUUGGAUUACUAUGUAAUAAUUACUAACACUGAAGGAUUUAUAUUUCAAGAAGAUUUGUAUGAUAUUUUAUAAAAAUAAACAACUUUUUAU